CUCGAUGUUGUGGCCGCUGAUGUACAAGGAUAUCGAAAGGAGCUUCAUGCGCAGGGACAUCGAAAGGAGCAUCUUCUUCAUCGACAAAGUCGUCAAAAUCCACAAAGGAGUUCCGUAAAGUUUAUUCUUUUAGCCAUUUUCAAGGUUCUGGAGAAUCAUCUGGUGAAUCUUCCGGCGAGAGUUCAGGGAAUGAGGAAACUUCCGGUGAUACAUCACCAGUCGUUCCUGUUGACGAACUCACUCUUCAACAGUUGGAGACACUCAACACGUAUGCUCAACAAGUUCAAGCUGAAUCACAGAAGCUCAUUCACCAAGCUAACUUCGUCAUCGAGGAUAGUUUAUCGACCCCCUUUAAACUAAAUAUUUUAAAUCUUCCAGAUGACCGCUCUCUGCUAACGCACAGAACUUUGGAAUCCUCUCGAACAUCAUGCUUGCCAACUCUCAGAUGGUUCUCGACAGUGCUCGUCUUUCACUCAAUGAGACUGAAACCGAAACCGGAACAUCUGCUCUCUGCCAUGGAGAUUCUGAAUGUGGAAGUGGGAAAUGCAUAGGAGCUCUUGUCGGAACUUGCAACUGCAACUCUUGUGUCGAUGGAUGGCCAUGCCAAGAGGACAGUGCUUGCGGAGGAUUCAACAGAUGUCUACACCAAGAACAAUCUCACUCUGACCGAAGCCCUCACUUCAUUCUGCAAUGGAGCCGAAGACAAUGUCGAGAAGUGCCACGGAUUGCCAUGCAACUAUGGAUUAUGUGCUUGUUAAUUGACCCCAUCUUAUCAGCUUUUUUAUUAUAUAUUGCACACAUUUUUACGGAAUGAAUAAAAAUUUCAUGAUCCU